CACUCACUCACUCACCGCCGUACCACGUCUCUUAGCGGGACCAUACCAUACCGGGUCAUUGCUGCUCCUACAACCUUUCGACUCUCUUUAUCCCACCUCAUCUCUCGCCCUUGCCCCUACCGCCUCUCGCCCCACGAUGGUAGCCUCGGCGGAAGCCAUCCACAGUCAGUACGACUCGAUUCUCAUCCUCGACUUUGGCUCCCAGUACUCUCACCUCAUCACCAGAAGAUGUCGAGAGCUCAACGUCUACUGUGAGAUGCUCCCCUGCACUCAGAAGAUUGCCGAUCUAGACUGGACUCCAAAGGGUAUCAUCCUCUCUGGUUCGCCUUACUCCGUCUAUGACGAGGGAGCUCCCCGCGUCGACCCAGCCGUCUUUGAUCAAGGGGUGCCUGUGUUGGGUAUUUGCUACGGUCUGCAGGAGAUGGCCUGGAACCACGGAGGAAAAGUGGACCCACACGAUCGCAGGGAAUACGGACAUUCGACUGUCAGCGUCGUCAAGACUGGCAAUGAGCGCAUGGAUGCCCUCUUUGCCGGCCAAGGGGAUGAUGUGCCCGUUUGGAUGUCCCAUGGAGAUCAGCUGUCCAAGAUGCCAGAGGGAUUCGAGAUCAUCGCAAAGACGGCCACUUCACCUUACACUGCCAUUGCCCACCGCGAAAAGCCCAUGUACGGUAUUCAAUUCCACCCCGAGGUGACCCACUCGCCCAAGGGAAAGGAGCUUUUCGAUGCCUUCUUGAAGAUCUGUGGUUGCCAGAGGAACUGGACCAUGAGCACCUUCAUUGACAAGGAGAUUGCGCGUAUCAGGGACAUCGUCGGGCCCAAGGGAAGGGUCAUCGGCGCCAUCUCCGGAGGCGUAGACUCGUCUGUAGCGGCCAAGCUGAUGCAUGAGGCUAUUGGCGACCGAUUCCACGCAGUCAUGGUGGAUAAUGGAGUGUUGAGGGAAAAUGAGGCAAAGCAGGUUCACAAGAUGCUCUCAGAGGACCUUGGAGUCGCACUCACCGUCGUUGAUGCCUCGGACCUCUUCUUGUCCCGUCUAGAAGGUGUGGAUGAUCCAGAGACGAAGCGCAAGAUCAUCGGCAACACCUUUAUCAACGUCUUUGAAGAGGAAGGUCUUAAGCUGGAGAAGGAAGCCGAGGAGGAAGAGGCAGCAGCGCUCAAGGCGGGUAAAGCCCACGAGGCAAAGGGCAAGUACGAAUUCCUCCUGCAGGGUACCCUCUACCCAGAUGUCAUCGAGUCCAUCUCUUUCAAGGGUCCCUCUGCGACAAUCAAGACCCACCACAACGUUGGAGGUCUGCUAGAGGACAUGAAGCUGAAGCUCAUCGAGCCCCUUCGCGAGCUCUUCAAGGACGAAGUGCGCGCUCUGGGUCGUCUCCUCGGCAUUCCCGCCCACCUAGUAGGUCGUCAUCCCUUCCCCGGUCCAGGUCUCGCAAUUCGUAUCCUCGGUCCCGUAACCAGAUCUCAAGUGGCCAUCCUACAACAAGCAGACAAGAUUUACAUUGAAGAGAUUCGCGCUGCAGGAUUCUACGACGACAUUUCUCAAGCCUUUGCCGUUCUCCUCCCGGUACGAGCGGUAGGUGUACAAGGAGAUAAACGAACUUAUGAUCAAGUCAUUGCACUUCGAGCUGCUCAGACUACCGACUUUAUGACGGCAACUUGGUUCCCCUUUCCCUUUGAGUUCCUCUGCAAGGUUAGCAACAGGAUUACCAAUGAGGUGCAGGGUGUAAACAGGGUCGUGUUGGAUAUUAGCUCCAAGCCUCCGGCGACGAUUGAGUGGCUGUAGAGGAAAGGCAGUAGAGGAGGGGCCGAGCGGAGUAGAGGGUAGAGGGUACAAGCGGCUGCGAAAAGACAACGGUAGAUUAGAGCUUCACGUUCGCACCCAUCCGUCGCACCCAUUCUGCAGAAUUAUAAUGUCACUGAUUAUCGUCCUUGUCGAAGCGACCCGUCUGUUUUACAAUUGUCGCAGGCAGAAAGGGGGGGGCAGACAGGAGUUGCAAGCAUUUGCUAUUUGCACGUGAAGAGAAGACAAAGCAGGGAACAUGGUGAAGGUGAACAGAGAUAGUAGGAAUGUUCCUAUGUACAUCUGGAGACAAGGGAUACAGAGCAAGAUAUUGGAAUCAUGGUCGAGAUCUCCACAUAAGAGGGCUGAGCUAAUGUGAAAUUUGUUUGCUUCUUCGGACAGACAG